AUGGGCCUCCUUUCAACCCGCUGGAAACUCCCCCUCCACUGCCUCCAGAUCCUCCUCGUCGUGAUCGUAAUCGGCCUCACGAUCCCGCGCAUGCUCAUGAAGAACCAGCCCCGGACGCGCGCAACCUCAAUGGGCCUCGGCAUGGGCGCCAAAUCCCUCGUCAUAAUAGCCUACCAGCUCCUCACCGAGCACGUCGACCGCCUGCGCAGAUGGGCCAGUUUCAAAGCCUUCACGAUCCUCAAUGCCCUGGAGAUUGUCUUCUGGGCUGCGGUCGCGUUCCUGAAUAUCCAGGUGAAUGUGAAGACGUGCGUGGCUCCGGGGUGCGAGAUGGGGUGGGCGGUGAUGGUUGUUGCUUUGGUUUGGAUUGGCGGUCUAUGCUACUGUCUUGUCGUGGGUGGAGUGGCGCGAGUCGAAGAGGCCGAGUCCGUCGUCUUAUAA